AUGGACUCGACGCCAGCCGAAGCGCAUCCACCCGGCGGCGCAUCUCGCGUCGCUGACGAGAAGCUCCCGGCCACUAAGACAACAACGACAACGACUACAACAACGCAAUCUACAAUCCCCCCUCCGAUCGAAGAUAAGUCUACAAUUUUCUCUGCUUCGUCAAUACCAGCGGCGGUCGCUUCAGAAGCGCCAAUGCCUGGUGGAAAAGUGGAAGAAGAAGAUAAUUUGGUCACCAAAGUGCUCAAGUUCUUGUCGACCGCAACAUCCGAAACCCUAGGUGCUAUCGCAGUCGGCCUGGCAGCUUCGACAUAUUUCAUCCUCGGCAGGAUUGGACUCGUCCUUAUCGGCGCUUUUGGUGGUGUUGUCGCCUUCAUAUCGUACGAAGCGCGCCAUCCAGAGGUGUCCCGGGUCGUCCGGGGCGAGAAGGGCAUUGACGUCCUUCAGCGGCUGGCCUUGGUCAAGAUCGCUGAGCCACCCAAGAAUGAUGAGGAAGAGGAAGAUCGACUUAUCCAUGGAUUCGACGACUUCCAGCCCGAAACGCGCGAGGCUCUGACUAGCUUGGUGGACGCCGUCAUCCGUGACUACGUCAAGUGGUGGUAUUCCCCGAUUCUUCCGACGGAUAGCUCGUUCCCUCUUUCCUGCCGGAGACUCCUCAACUCGUUUCUCCUAUCCAUCUCGAACCACCUCUACCGCAAACGCCCCGCCGACUCAUUCCUCGACUUCAUGACCAAUGCGUCGUCCAUGUUCAUCGUCUUUCUCUCCGAAUUAUCCUCUGCCUUCACCGACCAAAACAACGACCCCAACUCGACAGCCCCCGAAAUCAUCUCCAAGUACCUAGAAGAAAACCCCAACUCGAAUCUGGCCAAUCUGCUGAGUCGGUCACAACAGUCUGCCAAAUUCCACAAUGUCGCAGACGACCUCCUCGGGUUCCUGGACCGGUCGGCAUACAAUUGCGAUCCCGCUCGCGUGUUUCUGCGAGAGAUCCUCGCGGGAGUGAUUCUUGAGAUGACCUUGCAGUCAUGCUCAGCGCCGGAGUGGAUCAAUGCCUGGAUCGUCUACCUGUUGGAAGCCGGAGAACCCGACUUCAGUCAGGCCAUCGACGUCGGCAUGCAGACGGGGCCCGAGGCAGCCACCGCCAGCGCUGUCCACAAUGCGAAUGCGUUCAUUGACAUUGACGGAAACGUCGGUAACAUCGCGCUGACCAAGGGGAACCGCAACUCGUUAGAGAUGGAACGCGAGCGCCGCAAGGGGUCCCUAGUAUCGCACAAGAAGCAGCUUAGCAAAGCUGACGAAGAGAUGGAGGAAGCUAUGGAAGAGAUGAAGCGUAUGAACGCCUUAAUCGCCGAAGAAGAGGCUAAAAGAGUCAAGACGCGACAGAGCGUUGACUCGGCAUCCCAUCCGACGGUGCAGACUACUGAGGGCAAGAUCGUGUCUUCCCCUGGUGAGCUGUCACCGAGAUCCUUGUCUUCAGCAGAGAAGCCGUCAACGAAUGGUUCGAGUGGAUCGAAUACGUCCGACGUUUCUAAGCGGGAAAGUACGCACUCACCUACCACGCCAAGGUCUGACGCGGACUCCUCCAGCCAGAAGUCGUCAUCCAAACACGCCUCUACAGGGAGCGCCUCCCAGUUUUUGAACUUUGACCAGAUCGUGCCACCCGCGAAGGAGGAGCCUCAGGUGCCUGACGAGAGCAUUUGCAAGCUUCCUUUUUCACUGCACAAUGCCACUAUCACUCUGUAUGAGGAUGGCAACGACAACAAUCGUAUCCGGAGCAAGCCUAACUGGGACUAUAUGGUUCAGAUUGAGCCAUCUUCGUCUCACUACCCCGGCUGGAUGAUUGUGAGGCAAUACUCAGACUUCGAGACUCUGCACGAGAUCUUGAGGCGCAUCGCAAAUAUUUCGGGCGUGACAGCUUUUACAGAACAGCAUGCCGCGCUCCCUAACUGGAAGUCGCAUACGCGGGCCUCGCUUCGUGGUGAACUGGAGCGUUACGUCAAGGACGCCUGUUGGUACAAGUCACUAGCAGAGAGCGAGGGCAUGAAACGCUUCUUGGAAAAAGACUCGGGCCACGGCCACAGCAAUUCCAAGUCAGGUCUACCAUGGGACACGGUUGGCAAGAACAUGUUGGAUGUCUUGACAAUGGGCCCCAAAGGUGCCAUGGAAGGCGGCAAGGCAGUCUUUGGAGGUGUGACUGGCAUGUUCAAUAAUAUCGGUCUCGGUCCAAGAAAGAACACGUCCUCGUUGUCGGAGAUCCAAACAUCAAAUCAUCGAUGGUCCACAGGAACGCCGCCAAGGAUGGACAGUACCACCAGUCUGAACGCGGCACUCUCAUCGCCGACUGGAGUGGGCUCUCGGAAGGGCCGGGACAGUCUUGACAGCCAACGAUCCUCGAUUGUCUCUACCCAGCCAGGCAAGAUCGCUCCCAUGGAACGACGGCCUAGCUUUGACCCCCGAGGCGAUGCCGAGGCAGAUGGCCUCAAGCCUCGGUCCGACCAUUGGGAGAGGAACACUCCAAGUGCCACUGGCAGUCGCGAACAUAGUAGAGCUUCAAGCCUAGCGCCCUUGCACUCACCAGCCCUCCCGUCUCCCUCGUUAACAAGCCUUGAUGUCAUGAAUCUCCAGUACCUGCCUCCUCCGCCGGACGAGAUGCCGGAAGACUACCAGUCACCCACACAGGGGGACAUGCGGGCUAAGAUGGAUGAAGUUAUUUCCCCCCGGAACUCCACCGGGGCUCUUUCGCCAGGUCUCCCGCAGACCCAGCCGAAGAAGAAGGAGGCAAAGCCUGCGCGGCAAUACCCUCCUCUUCAGGAGCAAGAAACGAACGUGGCUGUCGAACUAGUCUUCGCUAUUAUCAAUGAGAUGUACACGCUCUCGUCCGCUUGGAACAUUCGACGAACUCUGCUAGCCGCCGCAAAGUCAUUCCUUCUGCGACCCGGCAACCCGUCCUUGAUCGCGAUCCAAAAAAUGAUGCAGGAAUCCGUCAUUGACGCCAACACCAAGGAUGAGGGACUCGCGUACCACCUUCGCAAGCUGCGAGAGAACACAAUGCCGACUGAUGAGGAGCGGGCCACUUGGCCUGCUGAGAUGACGGAAGAGGAGAAGGAGAAGCUGCGAUUCAAGGCACGCAACCUCCUUAUCAAACGAGGUGUUCCGGCUGCCUUGACUGGCGUUAUGGGACAAGCGGCGACGACCGACGCCCUGGGGCGUAUCUUUGAUAGUCUCCAGAUCCAAGAGGUGGCGCGGGGCUUCAUAUUUGGCAUGAUGCUCCAGGCUGUGAGGGUCGUCACCCACUAA